ACAUCUGCCUCUGCUGCGGAAGUUUCCAGGUAUACACACAGCACCCCCUCUUUGUGGGAGGGAUGUGCAUCCCAUGCAAGGACAAGUUCCUGGAGACCCUCUUCCAGUAUGACGAUGAUGGGUACCAGGGCUUCUGCUCCAUCUGCGGCUCGGGGGACACGCUGCUCAUCUGCGAGAGCCCGGACUGCACGCGGUGCUACUGCGUGGAGUGUGUGGACGUCCUCGUGUCCCCGGGGACCGCGGAGCGGGUGCAGAGCAUGAGCUUCUGGGUGUGCUUCCUGUGCCUGCCCUUCUCCAGCAGUGGGCUGCUGCAGCGCAGGAGGAAGUGGCGAGACCAGCUGAAGGCUUUCCAGGACCGGGAGGCGGUGAAUUCCCUGGAGAUCUACAAGACAGUGCCCGUGUGGAAGAGAGCGCCGCUGCAGGUGCUGUCCCUUUUUGGGAACAUCAAGAAAGAGCUGACGAGCCUGGGCUUUUUGGAAACGGGUUCUGCUUCCGGGGGAAGAGUGAAGCAUGUGGAAGACGUCACAAACACGGUGCGGAGAGAGGUGGAGGAGUGGGGUCCCUUCGAUCUGGUGUACGGCUCCACGCCGCCCCAAGGCAGUGACGGCGGCCACUCUCCAGCCUGGUACCUGUUCCAGUUCCACCGGUUGCUGCAGUACGCAUGUCCCCCGCCCGGCAACCCAAAGCCCUUCUUCUGGAUGUUUGUGGACACCCUGCUGCUGACCCCAGAAGACCAGGAUGCCGCAACCCGCUUCCUGGAGACAGAGCCCGUCACCCUGCAAGACGUCCGCGGGGAAGCUGUCCACGGUGCCGUGCGCGUCUGGAGCAACAUCCCGGCUGUGAGGAGCAAGCACAAGGCACUGGGUCCUGACGAGGAGCUGGCGCUGCUGACCCACACAGGCCCUGCCGGCCCGCCCGGGAGAAGGCUCCCCGCGGGGCCCGCCACGCUGGUGAAGAACUGCUUUCUCCCCCUCAGAGAGUACUUCAAGUACUUUUCCCAGAACUCCUUCCUCUUUACAAGGUUCGUGUCCAAGGCUGCUGAGCGGGCCGGAGAGCCACAGGACACCGAGCAGGAGAAGAGACGGACGUGGUCAGGAGCAAACCUUCGGGUUAGGCUGAGCUCAGAGGGUCCCCCCACAGGCAUGAGAGGAGACUGA